UGUUCUAGCGAUAUUUAUGGGGACCCUACUAGGAGGCUGGCCUUGAGCAUGCAGUCCCUGACCACCAAAGGCAACUGCUCUCCCUUCCCCUUGCCCUUUGAAGUUCGAUUUACUUGACCCUUCCCCAACUCUCAGAGCCCCUUCCUUCUCACCUCAGGCAGAGGUGAGCCCGGUCCUGCAGUAUUCCUAUUCAGCCUCGCCCCGAAACUGUUUUUGAGUUUGGAAACUGCACGGAGUGGUGGGGACAUAUGGGAUUCCAAAAUCUAGGACCUGUGCGACCUGGGGAAGUCACUCGACUUAUCUGAACUUGUUUUCCUGUCUGUCAAAGGGGUCGUUUAGGGAAUUCAAUGAGAUAAUGUUUGCAAACUUUUCCAGCACCGUUACAGAAGUGCCUGCUUCAUUCUUUGGUGUUCCACCGCCUGGCACGUCGUGAGCGGGAACCGUGGAGGUGGACGGGAGAUCCCUGCCCCAGCAUGGCCAUCACCUCCAGGACUCCUUCUGCCCAAGCCCCGCACUUAGGGCAGGAACGGUGUAUCUGCGGGAAGGACAGCCCGAGGGUAAAGGGGAAGGUCAGCUCAGGACACCCACAGGGAAGCAGGCGCUGGGGUCGAGUCCGGUCCCGCGCGCUAUCUUUCCGGGACUACGCGAACCUGCAGGAGGACCAGCGAGCCCUGAGACGCGGGACUCGCCGCCGCCCCACCACCGGGGUCUGCACCUGCCGCCUCCGCAAUUGUGCGGACGUCUAGCUGAACUACAUCUCCCAGAGGGCCGCGGGAGUCCUCGGAGCCAAUCUGAGGAGGGGUGGGCGGGCACUCUGGCGCCUACGUCUCCCGAAGGGUGCCUGGAUUGACGGCCCCCGCGGCCUAUAGCUGCUUCUCGCCGGGGCAGCUGCUGGCCCCCUGCGCUGGGAGAGCGGCGGUGGCCGCUGGUGUACACGGCCCGCGCGGGGAUGUGGAGUCAGUGCGGCUGGCGGCGGCCCGGGGCUCGCGGGCUGAGGCGCUGGGAGUGCACUGGGGAGCUGGAUCCCCAGAGCCUUUCGCCCUUCAUGAUCCUGCAGAUGCCGUUCACUCGUAUUUACGGCCAGGCGAAUCCUUUCUUCUGAUUGGUCAACGGUGAAUGUGUGGCGAGAUCUGACCCAAUGGGCGCUAGAGUUCUCGAACGUGACCGGGAAGUUGAUCCUGAGCAGGCGCCAUUGGCUGUUGACGCCUGACGCGCGCUGAGACUUCCGGCGUGGGAGCAGAGCGCGCAGUCCGGUGUGAGUCUGCCGUGAAGGGAAAAGUGCAGUGCUGAGACGCCGGCCAUCCGUGCCCGGGGCACCUUCCUAGGCGGGCGCAGCUGAUUUCGGGGCCAAGGCUGUCCGGGGACCUGAAGAUGGCGUCGGGUCCGGCCUUCCAGGACCGAGAAGGGCUCCUGAUAGUGAAACUGGAGGAGGACUGCGCCUGGAGCCAGGAGCUGCCCCCGCCAGACCCAGGGCCCAGUCCGGAGGCCUCCCACCUGCGCUUCAGAAGAUUUCGCUUCCAAGAGGCCUCUGGGCCCCGGGAAGCCCUCAGCCGGCUCCAGGAGCUUUGCCAUGGGUGGCUGCGGCCUGAAAUGCGUACCAAGGAGCAGAUCCUGGAGCUGCUGGUGCUGGAGCAGUUCCUGACCAUCCUGCCCCAGGAGAUCCAGAGCAGGGUGCAGGAGCUGCAUCCAGAGAGCGGCGAGGAAGCGGUGACUCUUGUGGAAGAUAUGCAGAAAGAGCUUGGGAGGCUGAGGAAAAAGGUCACAAACCAUGGGCGGGGAACAGAAGUGCUUUUGGAGGAGCCUUUGCCUCUGGAAACAGCAGCAGAGUCACCGAGCUUCAAGCUGGAGCCAAUGGAGACUGAGCGAAGCCCUGGCCCCAGGCUGCAGGAGCUGCUAGGCCCCAGCCCCCAAAGGGACCCCCAGACUGUAAAGGAGAGGGCAUUAUCUGCUCCCUGGCUUUCUCUCUUUCCUCCCGGAGGAAACAUGGAAGACAAGGAGCUGACUGGGCCCCAGUUGCCUGAGAGCUUAGAGGACGUGGCUAUGUACAUCUCCCAGGAGGAGUGGGGGCAUCAGGAUCCUAGUAAGAGGGCCCUCUCCAGGGACACGGUGCAGGAGAGUUAUGAGAAUGUGGACCCACUGGAGUCUCAGGUUCCCAGUCAGGAGGCCCUGAGCACCCAGGUGGAACAAGGAAGAAAACCAUGGGAUCCCAAUGUCCAGAUUUGCAAGGAGGGCCUGAGCCCCAGAAGCCCAGCUCCAGGAGAGGAGAAAUUUGAGAACCUGGAAGAAAGUGCUCAGUCCGUUUCCCUUGAGAACGUCCACACUCAGGCACUGCUGCCCGGCCAGGCCAGAGGGGAGGUGCCCUGGAGUCCGGAGCAGAGAAGGCCUCAGGACAGGGCAGAAGAGCAUCGAGGGCUUCCCCCGGAGGAUCGGAUGGAGCAGUCCUUCGUGGGGGCCGCAAGUUGCAGAGAACUGGGGCGACCAAAGGAACUGCAGCCGAAAAAGCUCCAUUUAUGUCCCUUGUGUGGCAAAAAUUUCUCUAACAACUCGAACCUAAUGAGGCACCAGCGAAUACAUGCAGCAGAAAGACUGUGUUUGGGCGUGGAGUGCACUCAAAUCUUUGGUGGGAAUCCACACUUUUUAUCCCUACACAGAGCAAAUCUGGGAGAGGAGGCCCACAAGUGCCUGGAGUGCGGGAAAAGCUUCAGUCAGAACACACACCUGAUUCGCCAUCAGCGAACCCACACGGGUGAGAAGCCCUAUCAGUGUAACGUGUGUGGAAAAAGCUUCUCUUGCAACUCCAACCUCCACAGGCACCAGAGGACACACACGGGGGAGAAGCCCUACAAGUGCCCCGAGUGCGGGGAGAUCUUCGCUCACAGUUCCAACCUCCUUCGGCACCAGAGAAUCCACACCGGAGAGAGGCCUUACAAGUGUGCUGAGUGCGGGAAGAGUUUCUCCCGAAGCUCACACCUCGUAAUACACGAGAGAACGCAUGAGAAGGAGCGGCUGUGCCCCUUUUCUGAGGGCGGGCAGGCAGUGAGCGACAGCAGCCUCUUUCUUACAAAUCACGGGACCCACAAGGCAGAGAAGAAGCUCUUUGAGUGUCUGACGUGUGGGAAAAGCUUCCGGCAGGGCAUGCACCUCACCCGGCACCAGAGGACGCACACCGGAGAGAAGCCAUACCAGUGCACCCUCUGUGGGGAAAACUUCUCCCACAGAUCCAACUUAAUCAGGCACCAGAGAAUCCACACGGGAGAGAAGCCCUACACCUGUCAGGAGUGCGGAGACAGUUUCUCUCACAGCUCCAACCGGAUCCGUCACCUGAGAACCCACACGGGAGAGAGACCCUAUAAAUGUUCUCAAUGCGGAGAAAGCUUUUCGCGGAGUUCUCGCCUCCUGAGUCAUCAGAGGACUCACACGGGGUAGAAGGACGGGUUUCUUUGGGGCCCAGAUAAAGUGGCAUGUUCCCAAGGUCCCGUGAGAAGGGGCUGGUCUUACGGACCCCGCCAACCCGCCCAUCUGCAUCUUCAGGCAUCUCGAGGGUCACUGCUGUGAAGAGGAAGCCGGGAGGGUGGUCGUGAGGGGGGGGGCACGGGCAGCACAGGAUGAGCGAGGCUCUGCGAAGGGUUUCUGUCUGAGCGAGUGAGGAGGGCGGACUUCACCCGCUCCCUCAGCGUGUUUAGCCGGCCAGUGACUUGGGUGCCUUACCCUGUCCAGUGUCUGUCCCAACAGCUUUGGGAUCUGCAGACUUACUGUUACUGCGUCCUCCCUUGGGACAUUCGGCAGGAGCAUUUGGGUUCUUGAGGCCCUGAGACCAAAGGAGAGGGGCCAGGGCUCCUGGGAAUCCAGCCAGGGGCACCAGAAGACGGCCAGUGAGUUGCAGCUCUCCUGAAGGCUGGCUGGGAAGCCGUGGGAAGUCCGGGGGCCCCCCACAGUGUCCCCACUGGCCUGACAGGGGGACUCUCAAACAAAAAGGAACCAGAGACCUAAAGGAAAGAGCGUGAUGGAAUUUGGAGGUCAGCCCAGGACCUGGCAGAGGAACCCGUGUCUGGAUUGGUUUACCCUUUGCAGAGAUGGCGUCUUCAGAGGGUUCUGUGAAUGAUGGGGUCCCCGGGAUCCUGGGGGUGUUGGGAAUCGUGCCGUUCCCUGUGGAAAACACAGCUGGAUGGUAAUAAAUCUGUUUGGGAAACAUGAA